AUGGAGUUCGCUUCCGCUGUCCUCGCCGGCGCAGCCUCUCCUUCCCCUGCACCCAAUUCCGAUGGAAAACCCAAGUACCCCGUUGAGGAGGACCUACUCAGCUUGCUAGGAGAUAGUGGCGGCGUGGACUGUACUCUGAAGCUCGCUCUCCCCGGCUGCGCCGCCUCCCGCUGUCCCCGGACCCCCGCAGCAGACGUCGCUAGCCUCCUUCGGAGGCCGGAGAGCAUGGCGAAGCCGGCCGGGUGGUGCACAAUGUGCGGUCGGACGGAGACCCCGCUGUGGCGGCACGGGCCGCACGGCCCGAAGGUAAUUAAUCCAGUGACUCCUUACUAUCAACGGGUUUAUUUGCAUUACCAACCUGCUAACUCUCUGUUUUUACGGAAAUCCUCCGCAGUCUCUGUGCAAUGCCUGUGGGAUUCGCUUCAAGAAGGAGGAGAAGCAGUCGCGGCUGACUCUGGGGACCCCGACCUCCCAAUGGAAGACAAAGCUCAGCAGCUGA